AUGCAAAGCAUUAGCAAACAUGCUAAUAUGCAGGCUAUAAUUUCUGAACAACUUUCCCUUUAAUGCAUACAUGUUCUUAUGCUGGUUUAUUUUGAGCUGUGGACUCAAUGAUAUGACACCGCAGCUGUAGCUAGUCAGGUCACAUCCUUCAUACUCACAGCUGCUCUGUCUCCGUGCUAAAUUAUGCUGUUUCACAGUCUUCAUCUCCCAUUGAGAUGAACCGUAUGAUAGGGAGGAAGGACAUCUGGUCGUCUGAUGCACUGUUGAUCGUAGGAUCAAGGCAGGGAGCUCUGUCCAUUACUGCAAAGCCACUGUCACUGAAAGAGCCAAGAGUCAUUCCCAUGUCAAGUGGACUCGCAGACUGUCAGAUCUCACUCUUUCUCAUUGUGUUCAUCCUGCUCUCUCUCCCCCCUCUUUUACCUGUUCCUCCUGGUUCUCAGACAUCAGAUAUAUUUGCAAUGAUAGAGCGAAUGCAGAGCAGUAGAAUGGACGAGCAGAGGUGCUCUCUUCCACCUCCUCUCAAAACAGAGGAAGAUUACAUUCCAUAUCCCAGCGUCCAUGAGGUAUUGGGUCGUACAGGCCCUUUACCACUCAUUCUGCUGCCCCAGUUUGGGGGUUACUGGAUUGAAGGGACCAAUCAUGAUUUAGGCUCCUCCUCCACAGCAGAGGAACCGCCCCCUUGUCCCGCAUCACAGGUUAAACUGGAGACAAACAGCAUAGCCAAGAUCUACAGGAAGCACUUCCUGGGCAAGGAGCACUUUAAUUAUUACUCAGUGGACAGUGCUCUGGGCCACCUGGUCUUCUCGGUGAAGUAUGAUGUGAUUGGAGACCAGGAGCACCUUCGACUGUUGCUUAGGUCAAGAUUUAAAACCUACCAUGAUGUGAUACCAAUUUCUUGUCUGACCGAGUUCCCUAAUGUUGUGCAGAUGGCGAAGCUUGUCAGUGAAGAGGUGAAUGUGGACCGAUUUUAUCCCGUCUUAUACCCAAAGGCAUCCAGACUUAUUGUGACCUUUGAUGAGCACGUCAUCAGCAACAACUUCAAGUUUGGAGUCAUCUACCAGAAAUUUGCGCAGACAUCAGAAGAGGAACUAUUCGGAAACAAUGAGGAAAGUCCAGCUUUUGUUGAGUUUCUGGAGUUCUUGGGAGAGAAGAUUGAACUUCAUGAUUUUAAAGGCUUUCGUGGAGGCCUGGAUGUGACACAUGGUCAGACUGGAAUUGAGUCAGUCUACCACAACUUCCACAAUAAAGAGAUAAUGUUCCACGUGUCCACGAAGCUGCCAUACACUGAAGGUGAUUCCCAGCAGCUCCAGAGGAAGAGGCAUAUAGGAAAUGACAUUGUGGCCAUUGUGUUCCAAGAAGAAAAUACACCAUUUGUUCCCGAUAUGAUUGCAUCAAAUUUCCUUCACGCUUAUGUAGUGGUUCAAGUAGAGAACGCCUGCACUGAUAACGUCCUCUAUAAGGUAUCUGUGACGGCAAGAGAUGAUGUGCCUUUCUUUGGACCAGCCCUCCCAGACCCAGCUGUCUUUAAAAAGAGUCCAGAGUUUCAUGAGUUCCUCUUGACCAAACUGAUCAAUGCUGAAUAUUCCUGCUAUAAAGCAGAGAAGUUUGCCAAGCUGGAGGAGAGGACACGUUUUGCUCUGCUGGAGACUUUAUAUGAGGAGCUACACAUGAACAGCCAGUCCAUGAUGGGACUGGGAGGAGAUGAUGACAAACUGGAGAAUGGAGGAGGAGGCAGCAGUGGCUUCUUUGAGUCUUUCAAGCGAGUAAUCCGCAAUAGAAGUCAGUCUAUGGAUGCCAUGGGCCUCAGUAACAAGAAACCACACACCGUCUCCACGAGCCACAGCGGAAGCUUUACACACAACCCCCCAGACACCACCAAAACACCCGGCAUUUCCUUGAUUAUUCCCGGGAAAAGCCCAACCCGUAAGAAAUCUGGUCCAUUUAGUUCCAGGAGGAGCAGUGCCAUUGGGAUUGAGAACAUACAAGAAGUUCAAGAGAGAAGUCGGGAUGUGUCCCCGAGUCCACAGAGGACAUCUGACGGUGGACACACCACUCAGGACCUCAGAUUAGACAACUCGUCCAGUCAGAGCUCACCUGAGAUGCAGAUCACUAAGAUUGGUUCGGCCCUGUGCUGUCGAGCUCCCUCGAUCCCAGAGUCUCAGGAUCUGUCUCGCUCCUCGUCCAAUGCCAGUAGCUUCACCAGCGUGGUGGAGGAGAACGAGCAGGAACAUGAAGCGACCGAGGACUAUGACACAGGACUGGAGAGUCUGUCUUCAGCCGGUACGCCUCACAAACGAGAUUCGUUUUCAUACAGCAGCGUGUGGUUGGAAGACGGCCCUGGCACUACUAGUCAGAGCAGUUCACACGGUCCCCUUCGACAGCAAUCUGAACCUCGUCCUAAAACAGAGAGACAGCACUCGAACUGCUAGCUGUGCUGUAGGCUGUAGAUGACUUCGUGGAUGUCCAUCAACAGCAUUUUCAUAAGCAGCCCUCUGCAGCGGUCGCUCGAUGUGAGUCCUGAGAUGUGAGACGCAGAUGUGGACAGCCUGGAGGCGUACCGUCGGGGAUGUGUGCAUCAGAGUAUCAGCGCGCUCUUGUAAGGACUCGACCCCCUUAUCUUCUAUCAUGUGGCUGUUGGUCUGUAGGCAAAAUAGCAAACCUGCCUGGCUUGUGUUGAAGGCAGAAGAAGAACAGAAGAGCUGCCAGCAGGCGACGAAUCACGCUUGAUUAUGGCCUUAUCAUAGGCUUGAUUGCUUUCUUUCUUUCUUUCUGUUCACAGUGGCCCUCAUUGUGUGGGUUUGGGUUUUAUUUGUCAUAUAUUUAUUUAUUUAUUGAGUAGUUCUUUUAGUAACGGGGGUGGUACGCUGUCACAAGCUUUUGGCAUCUUUCAGAAUAACAAAUGAGGUUCAACCUAAACCCAUCAUGCUUAAAAUACACAUGAACCUGCGAAGCACUGUAAAACACAUCUAUGUGUGGUUCUGUUUUGUCGCCUUUUGUGUAAUGAUGUAGAAAAAUGAAUCUAGGUAAACGUUAAAUACUGUUGUUCAGAGUAGUUCUCUAUCUUGUUGUGUCGAGCACCCAAGUCAUUUCCAGUCCCGUCCAAUAAAUGAAGCGUGGGCAUUAUAAUUUAUGAUCAAAUUAAUAGACCAGGUGUGAGAUGCUGUAUACUUUUUAAAUAGUAUUUAUUAAGAUUAUGCUGUUUUACUGAUCAACAUAUUUUGUAUGGCCACAGCUGUUUGUGGUCAGAUUGACACGUUUGUGAACUAUACGCUAAUGUAGUAGCCUCAUGUUUGUAGUUUUAAGUUUUAAAGCUAGCAGUGCAGAUUAAAUGUCUCUCAACUCCACUAUAUUGAAGUCCUGAAGACCUUUUAGUUUAUAUGACAGGUGAGCAAUAUGAAUGUAAAACUGGUGGAUAUGAAUUAUGGAAAACACUAGAUCAGACUAUAUUCAUCUGAUGCUUUAUGCUCAACAGCAGAUGUUGGGCAUUUUAUUUUGUUUUCAAACACAAAUGCGUGUUUUAUUGAUUACAAUCAAAAAUGCCCAUUUUAGAUUAGAUAAUCAAAAUAAUAUUUUAGCUUUUAAACAUAGCACUAUGGUGUUAAUGCUUUCCCAUUCAUCUCAGUGGCUUAUCGGAUACAAUUUUUUUUUUUUUUUUUGAGUCAGUCACUUGAACCAUAAAUGUGAUGAAUUAUUUUGAGCAACUAUCCUAAGCUGCGACAUUAGAACAGAAAGUCAGUCACUGGCAAAAUAUCAACGCUAAUUUCUGUAUGAUGCAUAUUUUAAAGAAUACUAUGGUAUCUCUAUCAUCAUUACCACAAUUUCAUGCCCAAAAACAUGAAAAUACCUAGGUACUUUUUUGUAUGACUAAUUUCCAAAUUCGCUUCUUGUUUGAAGAGCUUUUUUUCUUAUAAAUAAUGCGGUUUGGAUGAUUUCAGGGGUGAUGCUUCUAAAUGUUUCUGGAAAAUUUAAAAUAUUUUAGGCUGGCUGAAUCCAUACUCGAGCUGUGUCAGUUCCCGAAGUCUCUGCUGAUUGGUCAAACUGUACAUAAUGUGUUUGCACAUGCUAGAAACAUGAAGCACAAACUUGUUCCAAACAAACACCGACUGCUUUCUGCAAGUGAUUGUGUUCUCCUUUACAAGUGCUUAUAAUGCUACUUUUAUGAAAUGUUUCACUGUAAAUACAUUUUUUCCUUUUUUGUAAUAAAACUAAAUAAAUUGUUUAAUAAAGAUCAAAAGGGUUCAUGGAAUGUUUAUUGUGCUGUAAUCUACAUUAUUAGGAGUAAGAUAAUACACGCAAAAAAUACACACCCAAGACCAUCACCAGUUAUAAAAAGAAAUUUCCAGUCAUUAUUAUUGAGGCAACACAGAAUGAACAUUAAUGCUUCAUAGUUAUGAAAACACAGUACAGACUUCAAAAGCUUUUCUGUUGUUGUUAGAAAAAAAUAAACAACUGGAGAGUGUUUCAUAAACCAAGUUUACUUUAUAAGUCAGGCUUAUUUCAGUUAGUCAGACUUAUUUUGAACCAAAUCAACUGACAGUAAGUCAGACUAACUGAAAUAAACCUAACUUGUUUGGUAAACUUAUUUUAUGAAACCGGCCCAACUACUCUUAAGCUGUAAACAUUUACAAUUAUUUUGAACAACUUCAACUUGUAAUUGUUAGCCCUUAAUCUUCUUACAAAUCUUGAUACAGUACCACCGCAGCCCGAGGAGUAACUAUACUGUUAAAAACAAGGCCUGGUUUACAGAGGAAAGUUAUAAGAACUGACAAACUAUUAAAAAAAAA